AUGUCUUGCCAGAGCACCAGUCCAACCAUUGUGAAAAGCAAAAUGGCGGCCGCCGAGUUAGAGAAAGCCCUGUCCCUUGUUGAAACCGACAAAUCUUCUGCAAUUUCAAUUCUGCACAGCAUUGUAAAACUAGAUGUUGAUGCAUCAGAUGAAGAAGGGGUUCGAAUCAAAGAGCAAAGCAUCAUGGAACUGGGCAGUCUUCUUGCAAAGACUAAACAGGCUGAAGAAUUGGGUGGGCUGAUCAAGUUCACCAGACCAUUCCUGUCGUUCGUCAACAAAGCCAAAGCAGCAAAGCUUGUCCGAGCGCUGGUGGACCUGUUCCUUGACAUGGAAGCUGGCACAGGAAACGAAGUAUCUUUGUGCCUGGAGUGCAUAGAAUGGGCCACAACUGAGAAACGUACCUUCCUGAGGCAAGCUCUUGAGUCAAGACUCAUUGCAUUGUAUUAUGAUACCAAGAAGUACACAGAUGCCCUUGCAGUAGGGUCACGGUUACUGAAAGAGUUGAAGAAAAUGGACGACAAGGCAUUACUUGUAGAGGUGCAGCUUCUGGAAAGCAAGGUGUACUACGCCCUUGGCAAUCUUCCAAAGUCAAGAGCUGCUCUUACGUCAGCAAGGACCACCGCUAAUGCCAUCUAUUGUCCCCCAAAACUUCAAGCAGCCCUAGAUUUGCAGUCAGGUGUGCUACAUGCAGCUGAUGAGCGAGAUUUCAAAACUGCCUUCUCUUACUUCUAUGAAGCAUUUGAAGGUUAUGAUUCAAUUGAAAGCCCCAAAGCCAUAGAUGCCCUCAAGUACAUGCUGUUGUCAAAGAUAAUGCUAAACUGUGCUGAUGACGUACAGUCCAUCGUGAGUGGGAAAUUGGCUCUGCGGUAUGCUGGGCCAAACGUAGAGGCCAUGAAGUGCAUAGCAAAUGCCAGUAAGAACAGGUCCCUGUCAGAGUUCCAACAGACAAAAAGCAAGUACAAAAAGGAGCUUGAGGAGGACCCAAUCAUUCAGGCCCACCUUGAUUCUCUCUACGAUAAUCUCUUGGAGCAGAAUCUCUGUCGCAUCAUUGAGCCAUUCUCUCGGGUGCAAGUGGCCCAUGUAGCCAGCAUCAUCAAGCUCCCAUUGAACCUUGUUGAAAGAAAAUUGUCACAGAUGAUCUUGGACAAGAAAUUCCAUGGUAUUCUAGAUCAAGGUGAAGGUGUGUUGAUUGUCUUUGAUGAGCCCAUUGUGGACCAGACAUACGAGAUGUCCCUGAACACCAUUCAGAGCAUGGGCAAAGUGGUUGAUGCCCUCUACAGAAAAACCACCAAGUUGUAUUGAAAAGUUCUCUCUGAUGAGGGGCAGAUCUGUGUUUGCCGGGGGGAGGGGAUAGCUGUCAACAAGGACUUUACAGACACCUGGAACGCAUUCAUUCUCACAAUACUCUGCAUAUACCGCAUCUACCAUGAAGAUUUACAGCGUGUAUCAUAAAAAACGCAACAAGAUUUCUGAUCAAGUUGGUGAAAACUGUGUUACCUUAACACCAAAGUGAGUAGUAGCACCUUAAAGCCGCCCAUCUCCUCUUCAAUACACGGUCAUGGAUGGCCGACUAAUCACUCUUUUUGGACAAUGGGACAAAAUUGGCUUGGGACCAAGUCUUAGACACUGCAAUAACCAUGGAAUCUUAUUAGAAACUAACUUGACAACAUGAAAUAAUGAAAUGAAUAAUCACAACUUAACAUUGCUUUCUUCAGGAUAUCUUUCUGCAGGGCUAGAACCUGUAACAAGCACAUUAAUGCAACACACCUUUGAUCUAGAGACUAUGUAAUGACUCGCUUGUCUGAACAUUUCAUAAGAGAGAUGGAGAAUUGAACAGGAUUUAUGCUGGUGUAACUAAACUGAAACUUUGUCCCAAGCCCAUUUUGUCCUAUUGUCCGAAAAGAAUGAUUAGUCAGCCGUCCAUGACCGUGUAUGAAUAAAUAACAUAUCAUUGGAAAGAGGAGAUAGGUGGCUUUAAGGUGCUACUACUCACUUUGGUGUAAAGCUAACACAAUUUUUACAAACUUCAACAGAAAUCUUGUUGCGUUUUUGGAUACACACUGUAUAGGGUAUGCCAAUACCACCGUACGUAUUGUACUAUUGAAUUCACCCCUGUUAUUUAUGCCAUAUUUGCCUUUUCUUGGCUGCUGUAAAGGGUUGUUUGAAAUACCCAAAACCGCUAUGUGUGUGUGAAGAUCUGCUAUACAACCUGUCAAUGUGCGCACACACUGAAUGAGAAGCCUGGAUCGUUUCUCACUUUGGAGGCUUGAUGGACUUCAGAGAAACAUUAUAAUGGGUCCACUUUUGUGUGAAGUAUCUUAAGGACACGGGUAAAGUUAUUAAGCACACCACCCAAAAUGGGCGCAGGAAUAAAGGACAUAAAACUGUCGUUCUUUCCCUUGUCAUUUCUGUCCUCGUUUGUAUGUUGAAGAUUACGACUUGGAUUGUAGUAGCUAAGUAAACUAUUAUUGUUCAUUCCUUUUGAAUAAUGAGGAAAUAAAUUGUGGAGAACUUUUCACUUCUGAAA